GUCUGUUUGAUUUUUGUUUGAUGAAUUGAUUUACAUCACGCACUUUAAAGUCUGUCAAACUGUGUUUGUAAGUGUAGGCAGUGCAUAAUAUAUAAAAAGUAAAGCCGUGAGUUAGAAAGAUUUCGCAUCGCUUUAAAAAUUUGCUAAUUGACGUACAAUAGGUUUAAUAAAUUGCAGUAAAAGUAAUAAAUAAAAAAAAGCGAAAGCAUCCGGUAUAGCCGGCAAAAAUAUUGUAUAAAAAUGGAGUCGCAAAGCAAUAUACUAACUCAGCCAUUUAUUGCACCAGAAGUUGUUAAGGAAAUAUCUGAUCAAGGAGAAAAUGGAGACGAGUUGAAAGAGAAAAAUGGUAACCUCAGUCGUUCACAUAGUGUUGAAAAAGACCUUGACACCUCAAAAGAAACACGUUCAAGCAUCUCACGCUCAAGAUCGAGGUCUCGUAGUAGUGAGCACACUUCAGCAGUAAAUACUUCUGUUGAAACUGAGGAAAUUCAACAGAAUAUAACUAAAAGUCGUAGUAAUUCGCCUGUAAUAGAGAAGACUAUACGAAGCCCAAGUCCAUCGGUUAUACGUCGUAGCCGCAGUCGUUCAAAAAAUAGAUCAUCACAUAGCCGCUCCAGAAGUAGAAAUUCUCGCAGUCGUUCUGCAUCAGGCUCAAUACAUCAUAGCAAAAGUAGAAGUCGGUCGAGAAGCAAAAAUUCUCGCAGUCGUUCGCCAUCGGGUUCAGUGCAUCGUAGUAAGAGCAGAAGUCGCUCCAAAUCUGUUGUACGUAAAAGUCGUAGCCACUCUAGAAGUAGAAGUCGUUCACGCUCAGGUUCUAGACAUUCUAGUUCACGAAGUCGCUCAAGAUCAGGUUCAAGACGUUCACAUAGUGGUUCGCGCAGUCGGUCUGGUUCUAGACGUUCUCGAAGUAGUACACGUAGUCAUUCUGGCUCUAGACGUUCACGUAGUGGUAGUGGUAGUAGAAGUCGUAGUGGUAGUCGUAGCCAUUCACGAAGCAGAUCCCGUUCAGGUUCACGGCGUUCUAAAAGUGGUAGCCGAAGUCGAUCAAGAAGUGGCUCAAGGAGAUCUCAUAGUGCUAGUCGCAGUCGUUCUAGGUCUGGUUCAAGACGAUCACGUAGUCAUUCUCGUAGUCGUAGUGGCUCAAAACGUCGCUCACGUUCCAUAUCCAGACGUUCUCGCAGUGGUUCACGUAGUCGUUCUAAAUCAAAACAAAGAAAAAGUGGAUCGCGUUCCCGCUCUCGUUCACUUUCUGGUGCUCGUAGUGUAUCACCUAAUCGCAAUCGUUCUCGUUCAAAAUCAAGAUCUAGAUCAGCUUCGGUUGCUUCCAAUAAAGGCAAAAAACGAAAUGUAUUGAGUGACUCUGAAGAUGAAGGACAGUCCAGUUUCAAUAAACGUCCCAAAAUAACUGAUACUGAUGAAGAAGAUGAGGAACAAACUGAAAACAAAGCAAGUGAAAAUGACAAACCAAAAGAAAAACGCAUUGGUGAUGAAAGUUCCGAUGAUGAAAACAUCCCUAUAUCUAAUGACAGAGAAAACGACAAUUUUGUUUCCGACUUCGAUGCAAUGUUACUACGUAAAAAGGAAGAGAAAAAAGUACGUCGUCGCAAACGCGAUAUAGAUCUUAUAAAUGAUAAUGAUGAUUUGAUUGAUCAACUGAUUAUGAAUAUGAAAUCCGCUUCGGAUGAAGAUCGUCAAUUAAAUUUAGAUGGAAGACCUGCAACAAAAAAAAUUGCUAUGUUAAAACAAGUUAUGUCUCAACUGAUUAAGAAGGAUCUACAGUUGGCAUUUUUAGAGCAUAAUGUACUCAACGUGCUGACGGAUUGGUUAGCACCAUUACCAAAUAAAAGUUUACCAUGUUUGCAGAUACGAGAAAGUAUUUUAAAAUUACUCUCAGACUUUCCUACCAUUGACAAGAGCUAUUUGAAACAAUCGGGCAUUGGCAAAGCUGUAAUGUACCUUUACAAACAUCCAAAGGAAACAAAGCAGAAUCGAGAUCGUGCUGGUCGUUUAAUAUCAGAAUGGGCGCGCCCGAUUUUCAAUUUAAGUUGUGAUUUUAAGGCUAUGUCUAAAGAGGAACGCCAAGAACGUGAUUUAGCACAAAUGCCAAACCGUCGCAAGUCUCCUGAACCUCAACCCUCAACUUCCACAAAAAAGAAAGGACUAAGUUCAGCUUUUGCUUCUGACGAAAAAGUAUUACGACCUGGUGAUCCUGGUUGGAUUGGACGAGCUCGUGUUCCAUUGCCAUCGAAUAAAGACUAUGUUGUACGACCAAAGUCAACUGUCGAAGGAGAAAUUUCUACAAAUAACAAGCGAAAGCCUAAUCGAUUUGAAAAGCACAUGAAAAAAUUCCUUGAUGCUAAACGUUUAAAGCAAUCAAAACGAGCUGUUGAAAUUUCUAUUGAAGGCCGAAAAAUGGCAUUAUAAAUGCUCAAAUUUUUUUUUAAUUUAGAAUUAUUUAUUUUAAGAUUAAUGUUUAACUAUUGUAGCUAAAUAAAUGUGUGUGUGGUUACUUUUAAAUAAAGCAAUACAAGUGUCCACCUCUAGUAAAUACA